AUGUCAUCUGAGUCGGGCUCCCAUUGGGGGUCCUCCCAAGAGUAGAAGAUGUAAAUGUUUCAUCCGCCAUCUCCCUUGCCGAUUUGUGGAUCCAUAAAGGGCUUCUGGCAUUCCACAAUGGGUCAACCAAUCCGAAUCGAGAUCUACUUACCCAAUGGAUCGAUCCCCUAAGCUCGGGUGCGGGUCAAAUUGACCUGUUUAUGGGGACUCAACUACGGUGAUCGGUUGGGUCAAUGAUUGCCUCAAGGCGGUCUGGUCCCUGCCCGGGUCGUCGAUGUAAGAUCCUGAGAUCGGAUUGCACGUGUCCCACGUCGGAGACGCCAAGUAGAUUCGUCCCGGCAUAUCACAUCCUCAGUAGUCGUCGUACGGCGGUCGUCACGACGUCGGUUUUAAGGAUUGUCCCGUCCUUUGCGGCGUUCAAAUCUUGGGAAAAGUCAAUGGUACGGCGUACGGAAGACUAUUAAGGUCUUCAUUGGCGAAUCAGCUCACGCCAUCUGUAAGAGCCAUUUUUGGCUAUCUAACUCUCCACGCGGAUGUAUGUUCCGACAUACAAGAGACGGCCUCGAUGACGGCGACACUACUGACGGAGCUGAUGGGACUAAUCACGUGGCAAAACUUACCGAAAUGAUGACCCGGACUAUAUCAUGGGGAGGAGCACCACGUUGACUUUGAUGAGCAGGUCGUGUUGCCGUACACAACUCGGUUUCUUAGCGACCUGGAUGUAUGAUGUUUCCACGAAGUUUCCUCGUUGACCCCACAACGAAAAAAAUGAGACCCAGUGCAUCCGAAAAUAAGCAGAGGAGAGCGAUCUCACCAAACUGUACUUCUGCUUCCUCGUUCGACCGAGUUGACUCGGGCAAUAGGGCCAUAUCUCUGAAGACAACCUCCCUUUCCGUCAUGGUCAGAAACCUUGACCGGGUGUUGAGGCCAUCUAGUUCGUCCCCCGUUGGCCCACCACCCUCUUCGCCGACUUUGGCAGAAACGAAGCAUUGAACCGAUUGCUCGAUCUGGCCACAGUCGAACUAUGACGAGAAGAACCGUCCUACAAUGGAUCGAUCAUGGCCGUCCAUUAGUCCUCCUGGAUCUCUCAUCCGGGAUCAAGAGUUUCUCAACGCGGACGAAUUCGGACACAUCCGAGAUCAUGACGUAUGCUUGUUCUCUUCGACUCAUGAAUCAGAAGAAGAGAUGAAAUCGUGUGUAUGAUGAACAAAAUGAAGAAGAAACUCUGAAAAUUCUAUACUAGGUUGAGGGAGGAGGAGGAAAGCCGCCGGGGAGGGAGUCCGGCCCUCCGCCGUCCCCCCGGUGCUCCGGCGGUGUUGUGUAGCCCAGCUGCCGGUGCUGCUGCAGCUGCAACUGCCGAAGCUGCUGCUGCUGCUGCUGCCGCCGCCGCUGA